AUGUUUAAAAGAGGAAACUUGUUAAAGGGGUUGUUUAGGUGUCCCAAUGUUAGAACAAAUGGCAAACAGAUAAUAAGAUCGAGCUUUUUGCCAGGACCAAUUUCGCUUCUCAUUGGUGGAGCAUUAGCUGGAAUUGGCGGUUAUUACCUUUUCGAUUCACGUUCGUCGGUUCACGAAUAUGUUUUGUGUCCACUUAUAAGAACAUUUACAGAUGCAGAGCAGGGUCAUAAACUAGGAAUUUUAUUUAUGAAAUAUGGUCUCGUCCCCAGACUUUUGGAUGAAGGAAGGAACGACCAAAGCGAUGUUUUGGGCGUCAAUGUGUUUGGUCACAAUUUAAAAAACCCAAUUGGAUUGGCUGCUGGACUAGAUAAAGACGGAGAAGCAAUCGACUCGUUAUUCAAUACCGGGUUCUCUUAUGUUGAGAUCGGUUCAAUCACACCCGAGCCUCAACCAGGUAAUCCCCAACCUCGAUUCUUUAGAUUGCCAAGAGAUGAUGCUGUAAUCAAUCGUUAUGGCUUCAAUUCCACUGGGCACUUUAAUGUCUUGGCAAGAUUGAGAAUCCGUUUUACUAAAUUGGUGGAAAAAUUUGAGAGAACCCACACUCCGGCCCAAUUACCAUUUUCAAAUGCUUUUCAACAAGGGAAAUUACUAGGUAUAAAUUUGGGUAAAAACAAAACGGGGGACGAAGUUGAAGAUUAUGUUAAGGGUGUUUCUAGACUUGGGCCAUUUGCUGAUGUGCUUGUUGUUAACGUAUCGUCACCAAACACUCCUGGGUUACGUGAUUUGCAAAAUGAAUCUAAGCUUACCAACCUUUUGACUACCGUUGUAAAGGAGCGCGACAUAUUGCGUACCAAUUUACUAGGCGCAAAACCUCCAAUUUUGGUGAAAGUUGCCCCUGAUUUGACUGAGCCAGAGAUCAUGUCCAUAGCAAAUUCAGCAAAGGAAGCCAAAGUAGACGGAAUUAUUAUUUCGAACACAACAAUUCAGAGACCAAAAGAUAGGAUGUUAACCACAGAUGAAACAUUAAUCAACGAAACUGGUGGACUUUCGGGAAAACCAUUAAAGCCCUUAUCAUUGCAGGCAUUGAAGCUAUUGAACAAACAUACCAAAGGAUCAGGAUUGGUAUUAGUGGGAUGUGGUGGAAUUUCAAGUGGUAAAGACGCUUUAGAAUUUGCAAAAGCUGGUGCAACUUUUGUGGAAUUAUACACAGCCUUUGCUUACAAAGGACCUGGAUUAGUUGCUAGGAUCAGGGAUGAAUUAGCUGAAGAGUUGAGAAAAGAAGGUAAGACCUGGCAACAAAUUGUUAAUGAAAAUAAAUAG